AUGUUCUGGAUACAUGAUAUUAUAUGUCUUUCAAUAUGUUUUACUUGGAAGAGACAUGGGAAAUACGGAGUUAAUUCAGUAAUUGUAUCUAUCUGUCUGUCUAUCUAUCUAUUUAUUUUUGUAUGUUCGUAUUUAUUCAUCUAUGUAUGCAUUUUGGUGUCUUCAUGUCUAUUUUGGUCUCUUUCUAUCUAUCUAAUUUCGUAUCUUCAAAUCUAUCUAUCUAUCUAUCUAAUCUCGUCUAUCUAUAUUGGCCUUUUCAUAUCUUUUCUAUAUCUAUCUAUCUAUCUAUCUAUCUAUCUAUCUAUCUAUCUAUCUAUCUAUCUCAUCUGUUCAUAUCUAUCUAUCUAUCUAUCUAUCUAUCUAUCUAUAGAUAGAUAUAUCUCAGUCUGUUCAUAUCUAUCUAUCUAUCUAUCUAUCUAUCUAUCUAUCUAUCUAUCUAUCUAUCUAUCUCAGUCUGUUCAUAUCUAUCUAUCUAUCUAUCUAUCUAUCUCUCUGCCACUGGAAAAUGAGAGGGGAGCAUUUCUAUCUGAUUCUGUUCAUAUCUAUCUGUCUAUCUAUCUAUCUGAAUAUAAUAUUUUAAUUUUCUUUAUAAAUACAUAG